AAAGGAAUCAUUGCUGGUGGUAUUACCGGAGGUAUAGAAAUUUGUAUUACAUACCCAACUGAAUAUGUAAAAACACAACUACAAUUGGAUGGUAAAAGUGGAGCUGGCAAAGAAUAUACAGGAAUAUGGGAUUGCGUAACAAAAACUGUCAAAACUCGUGGAUUCUUUGGAUUAUACAGAGGCCUAUCCGUUCUCCUUUAUGGCUCUAUACCAAAAUCAGCAGUACGUUUUGGUGCUUUCGAAUCAGUUAAAAAAAGAUUGGUCGACGCAGAUGGAAAUCUCAAUGCUCAGAGAAAACUUUUGGCAGGACUUUGCGCUGGUGUAUGCGAAGCUAUUUUCGCGGUGACUCCUAUGGAAACGGUCAAAGUUAAAUUUAUUAAUGAUCAGAGAUCGCCUAAUCCUAAGUUUAAGGGAUUUUUUCACGGCGUUAGUUUGAUAGUCAAAGAAAAUGGAUUCAAAGGAGUAUACCAAGGUGUUAUGCCUACUAUUUUAAAACAAGGCUCUAAUCAAGCAAUACGAUUUUUUGUAAUGGAAACAUUAAAAGACUGGUACAGAGGUGGUGACAAUAAUAAAAAUGUUCCUAAGGUUGUUGUCGGUGCGUUUGGUGCAUGUGCUGGAGCAGCUUCAGUUUUUGGAAAUACCCCUGUAGAUGUUGUCAAAACUAGAAUGCAGGGUUUGGAGGCAUCAAAAUAUAAAAGCAGUAUAGACUGCGUUAUCCAAGUAUGGAAAAAAGAGGGUCCAUUAGCCUUUUAUAAAGGCACUAUUCCAAGAUUAAGUAGAGUAUGUUUAGAUGUUGCUAUAACAUUCAUGAUAUACGAUUCAUUUAUGGAUCUGUUUAAGAAAAUAUGGCCAUGAAAAAACUUAUAUAUAUUUAUAUAGAAUUUUUAUUUUAUUAUAUUAUAUUAUUUUAAAUGAUAUUUUAUAUGAACAUUAGAACAUUCCUUUAUGGGAGUACAUUUGCGUAAUAUGUUUGUAUGAUAAUGACUGGAAUAUUAUUUUCUUAUAAUAAGUUUAUUAUCAUUCAAAGAUAUUAUCUUGUUAAAUUAAUAAAUACGUCUCGUAUGAUGUCGAUCAUUUAAUGUGCAGUAGUUGGUCGGUUGACAAACAUAAUCUGUUAAUCAUCGAAAAAGACAAAUUUACAGUUUUACAAAUCUUCUAUACAGUGUCGGUUUUUUUUGCACUUAUUUUGUAAAAUGUUCAUUAACCGAUCAUUUACUGUAUUUUAUUAGAGAAACAUUAUUGUUUGCACAAAAUACAUUUUUUUAUAUAUAUAGAGAGACAUAUUGUAUAUUAAGCACAAGGUUUUAUUAAUUUAAAUAAGGUAUAUGUAAAUAAUACAUAAACAUUCCAUGAUAUUAAUAUACACACAUAUACAUAUGCAUGAGAGUAUUGUAUGAACUAAAUAAUUGCAAUCAAUGCUGUGCCAGAAAACAAAAUCAAAUAUUAAAAAAUUAUAUAUACCUAUGUUUAAAUAAUAAUAAUAAUAAUAAUAAUAUAAUUUUAUAUAAAUAUAUGUGCACAGUUUUAUACUUGAAAAAAGAAAACAUUAUUCAAGAUGUAUUAAAUGAUGUACAUAGAUAUAAUUUAAAAUCAGUUGGAAAAAAAAGAAAAGUAAAAAGUUUAAAAGAGACUACAAGUUUGCAUAGACGACGCAAAUGUAUUUAAUAAUAAUAAAGCUUCAGAGAGGUAUUUAUGUACACAUUCCACAUUAUUUUAAUUGUAUUAUAUUGCAUACAAUUAUUAAUUAAAAUGAUAUUGCCAUAUUGUAACCAAAAAUAAUAUACAUAUUUUUAUCGAAUAUUUACAAUCGCAUAUGCCACAUGA